GAUGCACCAACAACAGAACCAUCUACUACUGAUGCACCUACAACUGAAUCAUCAACUACUGACGCACCAACUACAGAAGCAUCGACAACUGAUUCACCUACAACCGAAUCAUCUACGACUGAUAAACCGACUACAGCAGCAUCAACUACUGAAGUACAAACAACAGAAACAUCCACUACCGACCCACCAACAACAGAAUCAUCUACUACUGAUUCACCUACAACCGAAUCAUCUACUACUGGUGCACCAACUACUGAGUCAUCUACUACUGAUGCACCAACAACAGAACCAUCUACUACUGAUGCACCUACAACUGAAUCAUCAACUACUGACGCACCAACUACUGAGUCAUCUACUACUGAUGCACCAACAACAGAAUCAUCAACUACUGAUGCACCAACAACAGAAUCAUCUACUACCGAUGCACCAACUACAGAGGCAUCAACAACUGAAGUACCAACAACCGAAUCUUCUACGACUGAUAAACCGACUACAGCAGCAUCGACUACAACAGCAUCAACUACUGAAGUACAAACAACAGAACCGUCCACUACUGACGCACCAACAACAGAAUCAUCUACUACUAAUUCACCUACAACCGAAUCAUCUACUACUAGUGCACCUACUACCGAGUCAUCUACUACUGAGCAACCAACAACAGAAUCAUCUACUACUGAUGCACCGACAACUAAAUCAUCUACUACUGAUGCACCAACAACUGAAUCAUCAACUACUGAUGCACCAACUACAGAGGCAUCGACAACUGAAGUACCAACAACCGAAUCUUCUACUACUGAUGCGCUAACAACCGAAUCAUCUACUACUGAUGCACCAACAACUGAAUCAUCAACUACUGAUGCACUAACUACAGAGGCAUCGACAACUGAAGUACCAACAACUGAAUCUUCUACGACUGAUGAACCGACUACAGCAGCAUCAACUACUGAAUUACAAACAACAG